AUGGACGCUAAAUCUGAUGUUACAUUAGCCAAGGUUAUCAAGGUUUUGGGUAGAACCGGUUCAAGAGGUGGUGUUACUCAAGUUAGAGUUGAAUUUUUAGAAGACUCCUCCAGAACUAUUGUUAGAAAUGUUAAGGGUCCAGUCAGAGAAAACGAUAUCUUAUGUUUAAUGGAAUCCGAAAGAGAAGCCAGAAGAUUACGUUAG